ACGUGCUGCAUCUUGCAUUUGCUGCUCUGAGUGUUCAGCAGUCAGUCUCAUCUCCUUUCUCUGCAGAGGUAAAGGAUACCCACCCACCCUGUAUCCAAACACCCAGCACAUAAACUACCUCCCACCCUCCAGCCAUUCUCUCCCAUCCCGACUUGCCACCAGUCUCUGCCAGCAUGACUGAGACCGCCAAAACCCACGUUAUCCUGCUGUCCUGUGGCAGCUUCAAUCCUAUCACAAAAGGACAUAUUCAAAUGUUCGAGCGAGCACGAGAUUACCUGCACAAGAGCGGACGGUAUAUUGUUAUUGGAGGAAUCAUCUCCCCUGUUCACGAUUCAUAUGGAAAACAGGGCCUGGUCUCAAGUCGACAUCGCCUUAACAUGUGUCAGCUUGCAGUGCAGAACUCAGACUGGAUCCGGGUUGACCCUUGGGAAUGCUACCAAGAUACCUGGCAGACAACAUGUAGUGUUCUGGAGCAUCACCGAGAUCUGAUGAAGAGAGUCACUGGCUGUAUCCUCUCGAAUGUGAACACACCUUCUGUCACACCAGUGAUCAGCCAAUCCCUCAACCAAUCAACACAGCCCGUCUACCAGAACAGCAAUCUCACCAACAAGCCCACUGCAGUGAGGAUCCUCGGGAAAGUGGGAGAAGGACUGAGUCGUAUAUGCUGUGUCCGCCCCAACCUGCAGCGUGUUACUUUUGUGGAUGAAAAUGCUAACCUUGGAACAGUGAUGCGAUACGAGGAGAUAGAACUGCGUAUCUUGCUCCUGUGUGGAAGCGAUCUUCUUGAGUCGUUUUGUAUACCAGGCCUAUGGAACGAGUCUGAUAUGGAGGUGAUUGUGGGAGAUUUUGGAAUUGUGGUUGUGCCAAGGGAUGGAACGGACACUGAACAAAUCAUGAAUCACUCGUCUUUGCUGCGUAAAUAUAAGAACAAUAUUCUGGUGGUUAAAGAUGACAGUAACCAUCCAAUGUCUAUCGUCAGCUCCACCAAAAGCAGGCUGGCUUUGCAGCAUGGGGAUGGACACGUGGUGGAUUAUUUGUCGCAGCCGGUCAUUGAUUACGUCUUGAAAAGCCAGCUCUAUAUUAACACAUCGGGCUGACGUCCUCUACAGAAAAUGUGCCGGUCGUAGCUCAGUGCUCUCUCUCCUCGUCAUCACAAUGUAUUACUAAUUACUACUCCCCACUAUUUCCUCAUCGGUCAUACCACUUGUACAAACACUCAUUCCUCAUUUAUUACUGCUCAUCCACUUCUACUCUCUGCCCCUUUCAUUCCACUAAAGAUGUAUUGAUGCCGAUGCCCAGGGUAUAUGGGGCACACACCUCAGUGAGUGUUUGGGGAUGUCUUUUUUUCUGGUGGGUUUAAACAUCAGAUCAAUUUACUCUUUAAUAGAAGGAAGAUGGAAUAAUGUGCAACUCAUAUAGUGUAUGGCAAAAAAGUGCCACACUGAAUGUGUUAUUCAGCUGGUGAUUUUUAUUCCCCGGGUUUCAGAUUUAUGCAGAAAGUGUUGAUCACCUUUUAAGAAUAUCCAGGAUUUCACAUACUGAUACAACAGGGCCAUAAUUCUUGCUGAAGGCACUUCAAGAACCUAUCAUGAAUUCUGUUUCUAUCACACUAUUUCCUACAGGACUAUGGGUAAUAGUAACCCAGGAAUGUUAUUGUCUAACCACUGCAAGAUUACUGCACGUGACAAGCAUGUUCUUGCUGUGCCCCUAUUUCUAUGGUGUUAUCAAAAUGUAUAUUAACCUCCUGACUGGGAGGGACGAGCAUGCAACUAUUCAGUAACGUGCAGGGAUUUAUAGGAAAGCAAAAACGAAAAAAAAAAAAUGAAUUACAUAAAAAUGAAACAUUGAAAAUAGGACAUCCAGCGCAAGAACAAAUAUGAAGGUACGGUGCAGUUCCAUUUAAUGGCAUGUAAGAUAAAAUAAACAAGGCACAGACAGUUGUAUGACACAGUCCCCGUCGUGGUAAAUUGUCACGUUAAACUUUGUAAAUAGUUAAUUUUCUUUCCGGCAGUUAGAUGGUUCUGUGCAGAGCUGUACCUUUUUACACCUAAGGGAUUCAUUUAAUGACAAGAAAAAAAUCUGUCCUAUUAUAUCACACACUAAGGGCUUGCAUCUUAGAGAAUUAGGUUGCAUUAAAUAUUGUUGUCAUAUAUGUAUAGAAUGCAACCUUUUAAUCGGAUCAUAUCAGGCUUCCAAACAUUCAGUUAAACUCUUACGAAAUACAGUUAUUUUACAUUAAUGCUUUACAAAUUGAAAAGUAUGUAAAAAAUGGACAUUAUGUUUAGCUAGGUUUUGAUAUGUCAAAUUUGGUGGGAAUUUUCUCUUCAUAAUGUCAGCACAAUGAAUAAAAUGAUAUCAUGUGUACUACAUCCCACCAAGGUCUUUUGAUGUACCAGUUAAUAUAUCCAAAACAUACAGUUGAAUGAUGUCCUCCAACACCAUCAUUGCAGGUGUUUACCAAUUCCCCCCCAAAUUAGUGGGCAAUCCUUAAUCGCUGACCAAUGUUGGCCAUAGAGAAUGUGUUUGAGAACCGUUGGUAUGCAGAAAUUGAAAAAGGGCAACCACUUGAACUGAAGGUGCUGUAGGAUACAAAUCCCAUUGUGAUUUGGUCCACAUCUCAAGUUCAUCGUUGCCUAGCCAUGUACAUACUAGGUGUCAUAAAAAAUACUGGCUUAUCUUUACAACAUACAGUGGUAAAAAUUGGAAAUAUUCAUCAGUUCCAACAAUCCUAGAGCCCAGGUAGCCCAAAGAUCUGCUUUAACCUCCAGUACAUGCUGAUUUGAUUGAUCAAUCUCUAUUUAGUUAUAAGUGCUUCAAUCGUAACCUUUUAGGGUUACCACACAACCUUUUAAUUGUUGGUAAUUUCUAAAACAUGCAUCCUUCAGGGCAGAAGAAAAUCUGAUGUAGGCCUGCAGUAAAUAUUUUGUAUCCCGAGUUAAAGGUGAGAAGAAAUAUGAGACAGGUGCUUUUCAUGUAUAUCAACUGUUUCAGCAGCAUAUGAUCAGCAUGGGAGAUAACAAGGGAGAAAUAUAGGGUGGGUAAAAUCACAGGAGGGCUAAUUUAAUUUACAAAUAAAAUAAUAAUCUUGCGAUACAAUGUCUGCCAAGGAAGUGGAUAGUUGAGCAGUUCUUUGACUAUCGUAUUGAGUUUUGUUCAUAUUGUUGCUGUUUUAUCAAUAAAGAUUUUGCUUUGCUAGAAA